UUUUUCACCUUCUACCGAAACCAAAAAUGACCCAACACCCCAGAUUAAUGAAGAAGUCAGAGCUUUCUUCCUCUGAGCUCUUCGUCUGGGGAGAGCCAGUUAUUUAAUCUUUCCGGAGGCGGGGACCAGAAGUUAUUCAGACCAGCCCCUCACUGCUACCGGAGUAGUUCAGGAAGCCAGAAUAUAUGGCUGGUAGCUCUGAGUUAGCCAACACAGAGUACCGGAGCAUGAAAGAAUUCUGGAGGAUUCUGCUGUUCUUCCUGACGCGGAGUCAGAUAGUCAUUGGAAACCAGGGUAGCAUUGUAGGAAGUUGCCCUUGUGAUUUGAAGCUGCUUGAUCCCCCGAAUCCUACACAGUGGCAAUUACUACUUACCAAUCUACAGGGAUAUGAAAGCUGCCACAACUACAUAAGGUUCCGCCUGCCCAGAAAAACUCUGUGUUCAAGCUCCAAAAACUCCUGGGUCCAGAAGCUAAGGACUUGCUUUGACAACCACGAAUGUAGAUUUGCCAGGACAUACCAAUCUGGAAAGCAGAGAACCCAGGAUGACUACCCCACUACCAAGAUCCAUAGCCCUAAACCCACAGGACUGGAUCGAUCACCCCCAUUCACCACCACUGAUCCAUUCUCUCAGACCAACCAGUCAACAACAGCCCGGCCGACAGGAAUGAGGAAUAGAUAUCUCAAUGACACCACCAGUGCCCUUUCAGGGAACAGCAGCAUGGAAAACCUGAAGUGGGAAGCUGAGAAUGGACAAAUGGACCAGCGGGGCACCUCUGCCACCAUACCUGUUCUGUGCCUACUUGGGAUUGUCUUUGUCCUUACUGGAGCUCUUGCUUAUGUCUUGUGUCGGAGGCGAUUAGCUGUAGAAUCUCCAAAUCAGCACCCCAAAGGUAAACAUGGGAUCCAGGUGUUCUGGUCCCAUAAAUCUCAGUUGCAUCAAGGACCAACGAAAUCUGCCCUUCUAGACUCAGUUCCCUUUCUAGCCCCUGGUCCUUCUUCUCAGAGGCUGCCUAAUAUACUAUAAAAAACACUGAAUUUCGAGUUGGAAGAACUGGGUUCAAAUCCUGGCUCUGCCACUAUGUGACUUUGCGCCUCCAUUUCCUCAUCUGUAAAAUGAGGGCCUUGGACUAGAUGAUCUCCAAAGUCCUUUCUAGCUUAUAUGAUGCUAUGAAAUAAUUUCCCCUUUCUGGACUUCAUUCUCAUCUGUACAACAAGGGAUUUAAAGACCUUUCCAAAUCAAAAUCUUAUAAUUUAAGUGGCAGAACCAGGAGCUGAAGCCAGAGUACAGUGCUCUGUCCGUUAUACCACAGUCUCCUAUUAAUCACUUUACAGAAGAGAAAACAGGGUUCCUAAGACUCAACUGAGAUCAUCCUUACCGGUUAAGGAGCACCUAAGCUAGUUAGUGACACAGUUAGGUCUUCUAUGACCAAGGUCCUCUGACUUUGAAUUGGUGGCUUCAUCUUGAGGAGCACUACAAUCACCACAUGCUGAGUGCCUACUAUAUGCAGAGCACCAUUUGGGCCUCUGAGAAUUCAAAGAAGCCAAGACAGUCUUUGAUUUUGAGAGUUUUAUUACCUGAUUGAGCAAACAGGAGAUAUCCCUAAAAAAGAUAGUUAACAGUGCAAGGAUUAGCCAAGUGCCAAAUGGCAGAGGUAGUCAACAUAGCACAGAGGGGGCCAGUUGAAAGGCUCCACACAUGACUUGAGAAGGGCUUCUGAGAUGGCAUAAGACUUAGAUAAACAGAGAGUAGGCCCAGAAACAUUCUAGGAUGGAUGAAUUAUUUGAACAAAGACAGAAGACAUGUUCUAAGAGCCAUUAAUAGGUCAGUUUUGCUAGAGCAGAGGAAAGGAAUGGUGGGAAAUAAAGUUGGAGAAAGAGGCAAGGCCCAGAUUGUAUAUAGUUUUGUUGCCUAGUUCCAUAGCCUUCAGGAAUACCCCUCACUACACACUGCCCACAACUCCCAUUCCCUUCAGGGGUCCAGCCUCCUUUUUAUCUCAUCUUUUUAGAUUUUGAGCUGAUAAUCCCUUGUGAGACAGAUCCACCUGACUCGAUAUAAGCCAUGCUUCAGCUAUCUGGAAACAGCUAGGCUUUUCUCCCAAGGCAACUAUUCUACAAUAAUAUUUGCUUCUCCCAUUGAAUCGAAAGAUCUGGUAUUAGUUUAAUUAAAUGUGAUUGUUUUCUAA